GCGGAAAUCCGUAAGUUGUUUAGCGCCAAGUCGUCAACCGGACUCCUUUCAUGGCAGCGGCUUAAUAAAGGAAAACCCAGAAACAGAGGAAUGUACUCUCGACUUGAGGACUGCAGCUCACGUUCAUGAAAACCUUCAAUGCAUCGCAAUGGAUGUUGAAAUAGAGCCCCAGCCCCACGAAGAUGAGGUUCAGAACACCGAAAAGAAGAAACGCCGCCGACCCAUCUCGGGCCGAGACCGACAUACCAAAUUCCAGGGGCGUGAUCGGAGGGUCAGGCUUCCGGCCGCUUGUGCUCCGGGCAUCUUUCGCCUGACACAGGAACUCGGUCUCAAGACCGGCGGCGAGACGAUUCUCUGGCUCUUGGAACAGGUCCGGCCCGACCUUGUUGCCCCGAAAACCAUCUCGUCCAAGAAAGUUUCGCAGGCGAACUCGGCCGAUGAUUCUGUUCUCGUUCCCGAACCCAUCAGUGUUGCCUACCCUAGAGAUGCUGUGAACGGGAGGUUUAUUGAUUCUGCGCCUGUUUCUAACGGCGACGAACCGGUGAUGUCUAUUGUUAAAGCCGAGACGACUGACCAUCCUGGUCCCCGUCCGACCAUUCGCGCUACUGUUGUGCAGGCCUCAACCGUGUUCUACGACACUCGGGCAACUCUAGAUAAGGCAGAGAGACUGAUUGCUGGUGCUGCUGCAUAUGGGUCACAGAUAGUUGUUUUUCCAGAAGCAUUUGUGGGUGGUUAUCCCCGUUCUUCAUGUUUUGAUGUUGCUGCUGGAACCUAUCCCAAUGAGGGAAACAUGGAGUUGCAGAAGUAUCAUGCUGCAGCUGUGGAAAUUCCUGGUCCAGAAAUUGAACGACUGGCAGCAAUAGCUGGAAGAUACAAAGUCCAUCUAGUAAUGGGGGUGGUAGAAAGGGAAGGAUUCUCUCUCUACUGCACUGUUGUCUUUUUUAAUCCCCAUGGAGAGUAUCUUGGAAAACACCGCAAGCUCAUGCGAACAGCAUCCGAACAUACAGUCUGGUGUUCUGGAGACAAGUCAACACCACCUGUAUAUGAGACUUCCAUUGGGAAGAUAGGUGGCCUCAUUUGCUGGGAUAAUAGGAUGCCAGUUUUAAGAACAGGACUCUAUGCUAGAGGUGUGGAGAUCUAUUGUGCGCCUACAUCUGAUGCCAGUGAUUUAUGGCGGUCAUCCCUGGCCCACAUUGCCCUAGAAGGUGGAUGUUUCAUUCUAUCUGCAAAUCAGUUCUGCCAGAGGAAAGACUAUCCUCUUCCAGGUGAACAUAUGCCCGGAGAUGAAAAGAGUGAUAUGCCACCAGAUUCAGUUGUCUGUUCUGGGGGCAGUGUCAUUAUUUCACCUUCAGGGGCCAUUUUGGCUGGGCCCAAUUACCAAGGAGAAUCACUCAUCUCAGCUGAUCUAGAUCUUGAAGAAAUUACACGAGCAAAGCUUGAAUUUAAUGGGGGUGAGGCACAAUGUGGCACCAACUCCCUUGCCCUAGAAACAAGUAAAUCUAAUACAGUUCCAUAUGCCCCUUCGGUUAAGAAAGAUGUUACUGGAGAAUAGUAAAGUAACACUUGGAAUUGGAGCUUUAUAGGAGGGCCAUUCAUUGGAUCGCUGACUUGGUUUCCCUGUCUCACUUCAUGGUAAAGACUAAAGAGCAUGUCCUGACAGGAAGGAUCUUGAUCAUCCAAUGUUUGGCAGAUCGCCUGUGUCAAAUUUUUCCUCCAAAUUUUUGAAUUUCCUUUUGUAAAUUAUGUUUAGGAUUUUGAAAGUGUUCUGGCAGCUUCCUGCUUUCUAAGCGUUUGCCUGGUGAAAAUGAAAUGGAACUCAGAAGGGAUCAUCUUUUUGGGUCGGUUUUUGAACACCUAAUUUUGAUUUACUUUGAAGUUAUGUUAGCCAAUUUGUUGACCUUGUACAGAGGGCCUUC